AUGUCGACACCCACUACAGAUUCGGGUCUGUCACCCGACGAGAAGCGGGCUUUCUUCGACCAGAUGUAUUUGACGCACCUUGCUAAGGGACAAUACGACCUCUAUACCAUAUAUCAUGACUAUCCAGACGCCUCUUUCCUGGCACCUUCUCUGGAGUUCCCUUCUCUUCCCGCUCCUGACUUCAGUGUGGAUCCCGGCGUGCAAGUAACCACUCUACGAGCUAUUGUGACGGAGAGAAGCAAGAAAUGGCACGCGAAGAUGGGAAAAGAUGUGGGAGUCAUCACAGAGAUCCAGGCUACUGCUCCUAUUUACGACGUCACCAAGGUUAAGCUCGCCAAGGCUACACCUAAAGAGUUCGAUAAGGGUCUCAAGGGAUACCAGUCGCGGGUCUGUGGCAAGUACAAACAGUACAACAAGUUGUCGGACAUGAAGAAGGAGUUCAGAAAGUCGAUGGUUUCUGCUGCUACUGAUGCUGCUGCUGAUGCCGCUGCUGAUGGAUGA